ACCCAGGUAAAUGAUUUCUGAAAUAUUGUUGUAAUUUUUAAAUAUAUUAAAUGUCAAGGCUAUACAGUCGCUUCGGCCGCUGCCUGCGGUUGUCAAGUCAAUAAACAAUACUAGAUUUUUUUCUGAAUUCACUGCGCUGCGAUUUUUUCUCUAUCGAGGCCGUUAAAAAUGCUAUGCUGUUGCGGGGCACUGUGGUCCGAUUUUCAAAGAGAAACGACUACUUUGUGACUCUUCAGAAACACGUAUACACUGAAAUACUUGGAGAAAACCUCCAAGCUGGACGUAGGCCUAAGCAGUUUAAAUUUCUACCAGUCAGACUGCUUCAUAGAAUUUACUUAGAAGCAACACGUAACUCCGCUUGGAAAACAAUUUAACUGCUAAAUAUAUAAACAGACAUGCAUUUCUGGAAAAUCAUAUCGAUAAUAGUUACUAUAUUUAAAACCAUAAUAAUGACUUAGACCUACUUAAAAUAUAUAAAAGUGCACAAUACAUACUCAAACUACUAUAGCAGGCCUAAGUAUAGGCCUAACACAAACGAACACAACGGGCGGUAUGUAUACAUGCAUUCUAGAAUUCAUUUUCGCAAUAUAUUAGUCAUAUUAAAUACAGGAUAACCGCGUCUUUGUUAUUCUUCGGGGAAAUAAAAACGGGUUAAAUGUCUGAAAACGGUGUUUAUUAACCAUCCGCACGGGCUUCUUGUCUCUUGUGAAAAAUAAAAACCGUUGCUGGAUGUAAUAAAACGAAGUAUUAUCGAACAUAACCGCAUAGGUUAUAGGUGAGAACGGCCUGUCGGAGUUUUAAGACUGCUUGAUGAAAUAAAGUAUAAGUUAAUUUUGCAGUCAUUCGUCCUGAAUUUAAAAUGAUAGCAUAAGAAAUGAGAAACAUGAGAAAAUAAGUAAGAAGUUGGGAAGUUACAUUUGGGUUUAUGUUAUUGUUUAUAUAUGCGUGUGUAUAUAUACACACGCACGCAUACACACACAUGUAUACACCGAAAUACUUGUGUAUGUGUGUGUGUGUAGAUAAUGUAGCUAAAGUGAUAUUCUAUGAUCCGCAUUUUGAUUGUUGCAAUCGCCCCUUUUUUAACUCAACGAUACUUUAGGUAAACCGAUAGCCGACAUUUUACAGUUGCUUGGGGAAGCGUCGCUCAUUGUCCAAGAAAUGUACAACUUAUUAGUGCAAUGUUUGAAAAUGGCAUCAAUACGAAGUGUGUGUAAUUCAAUCACGUGUUUUUCAUCCAUCCAUCCAUCCAUCCAUCCCUCCAUCUACCUAAUCCCAAUCCAGCUAUAUAUAUAUAUAUGUGUGUGUGUAUGUGUGUGUGUGUGUGUGUGUGUGUGUGUGUGUGAAUUCAUAUAAUUCAAUGUCUACUAUUGGAUUCCUUUCCAGUAAAGUAUGACACUGGAUUUCUGGGUAGUAUACAUGGUAGUAGAUAUGAAAUAAUCUUCAGAUGAAUGCUCAGCCAUUGACAAAAUAACCAAUCAUAAACAGGUAUAUAUCUAUAGAAAACGACUCCUCCUUGUGUCACAUGAAAACAUAUAGAAUUUAACCAAUAGUUUAAUAAGCUAGACACAUGUUUAUGGCGCAUAUAAUCAAUGCAAAUGAAGACGACCAAGAAAAAAAAAUACAAGAACUGUUUAAUGAAGAUUUCAUUUCUUUCCAUACCCCGACUUAUACUUUAAUCAUAAUAUUUCUGUAUUGUUGCAUUAGUUUCUUUAUUUUUAAAUGUCUUUAUCCUGUUACAUAUUAUCAUAUACAUGUUAUCGUAGUAAAUAUACGAUGUUUAUAAACACUGGAAUGAUACGUGCGAUAUAACGAUGUGAAGCAAUACUUACAAAAUUCAUAACGUUAAAUUGCGUUAAAGCAAAAUUUAAAAUGAUUAAAUUAUCUUUCGCGUUUAAAAGGGCCGAAACGACGUCCCUUUUUGGUUACACGCUCUGCGUAUUUUCCCGUAGAAAUGUAUUGCAAAGGCCAGAUUAAAAUCUGAUUUCAUACAAAUAUAUUAUUCGGACUAACAAAAUGUUCCUUCUCUGUUUUUCCUGAUUUUCAUGACGAAGACAAUUAUUGAUUUUACUGAGACGUUAGUUCAAUGAAAAAUAAAGUUGGCGAAGUAAUAUACUAUCAAUUCAUGAAAGAGAUGUUAUUUUCUAUGUCAAUGUCACUAAUUCUGCAGUAUAGCCCAAAGUACUUUGAGGUGAGUAUGUCUUUAUACACGUGGAGUAUAUUUCAUAUUUAACAAGUCGUAUAUGGGUAUCUGACACCAAAUGCUGGUGGUGAGUUAAGAUAUAUUAGACGCAGAACUGAUAUAAUCUUAGUCACUUUUCAUGACGUUUGGUGAAUGAAAUAGUUUAGUUUUGUAAUAUAAUGUUGACUCGCGCGCCCGCAGUCGCUCCACAUUUUAUGCGAAGACUCCACAUGCACUUUCUCUGGCAUAUAACGUUAUUAUUUGGAUUUAACUUAUGGGUUAUGAUCGCACUGAUGUUUCUCCUCUCCUUUUAAGACUGAGAUGGAAAUGACCCUCGUGUCAUUACGUAGAUUUCGGAGGGUGGAGUCCACAGAGCCCAGGCCUUUCAAUUGGCUUUUAGAUUGCACACUGUAGUGGGGGUAUCUCUAAUCAUAUUCAGCAUGUUCUGUACAAGAAAUGUCAGCCAGAAAGGGCUAUCUUCUCCCUUCGCCAAAUUACACAACAACAAUGUCAUGCUCGGACAGCCCAGCUGGAAACUCGUUUUUAGUAGACUCCUUGAUCAGUGCCCGAACCGAAAACAGUGGAGCCUUCUAUCAAGGAAGCGGCGUGUGCUUGCCACCAGGCACAGAGUUGCCUUACGGACUACCGAAUUGUGGAUUUUUUCCAGGUUUUGGAAAACGGAGCGAAAAUAACCCGCAAAACAUGGUCCCGACGUCUAGUCCAUACAUGACUGGAAUGGAUAUGUGGUUAGAGGCUCCGAGGUCGUGCCGCAUGGAUCCACCUACGAGACAGCAGGUUACACCAUGUUCUUUCUCUCCGAACAUUAAAGAGGAAAACGCAUACUGUCUCUAUGAGUCGCAGAAGUGUCCAAAGGCGUCGACUGCGGAGGAUCUCUCCUACUCCAAACUAACUUCAGGGUCGUGCGCAGUCAGUGACAACGGCACAGUUCCUGUACCUGGUUAUUUCCGCUUGUCUCAGACUCACACACAUUCUAAGGUUUAUCACAGUGUUCAGGCGAACUCUACAAACUUUGGUCUGCAACCGCUGGAUGGCUUCGGCUCGCCGCCUUCAUCCUCCAUCUCAGCAGAGGCGGCCAAGAAAGGGAACGAAGAGACGUCUCCUGUAAACGCAGCAUGUCCGCCGCAAAGAGACGAUGACACGCAAUUGUCAUCUGCAGCAGAAUCGUCGUCACCGGAACCACCAGAAAACGAAAAAGGGAGCUCAAUGAAAGCCACAAAAGGGGAUACAAAAAGUGAAAAUACAGCCAACUGGCUUACAGCGAAAAGUGGCCGGAAGAAACGUUGCCCCUACACCAAGCACCAGACUCUCGAGCUCGAGAAGGAAUUCCUCUUCAACAUGUACCUGACUCGCGAGCGUCGCCUAGAGAUCAGUCGCAGUGUCCACCUGACUGACAGACAAGUCAAAAUCUGGUUCCAGAACCGCAGAAUGAAACUGAAGAAAAUGAGCCGCGAAAACAGAAUUCGGGAGCUUACGCCGAAUUUUAAUUUUUCUUGAUAAUCUUUAUUUAUGCGUUUAUUGGACGUCUUCCUUCUUCAAGUUCGCGAGGGGCACAACCGGUCUAACAGAAACUCUCAGUGUUUCUACGGGCUAAUGUUAAUAGAUAAAGUUUUUGGUUAGUAAUAUAUGAAUAUUUUUCAUUUCGUUUUCCUUUUCGUUGUCGUUCCUUUGUUUUGUUUACAGUUUCACGUGUUCAUUUUGUCGCAUUAUUUCUCCGUGAGGGAAAAGUGAUAUGAUAUUCUGUGAUGUGUGAAAUAAAAACGCGCUCUUGGUUUAGAGCACAAAGGUUGACGAAAACAAAGAAAGGAAAGACUGAAAAUACAAUUCUGGACGUAGGCAUAUUGACCACUUUACUGUAAUGAUAAAAAGUCGGCAUAAAAAUUAUUCGCAUGACUUUUCUGCUUUGUUUUACUAGCUUUUAGGAAUGUGAACAGUACCGAAAAAUAAAAGCUAUUAUCAGCACAUGUACAUAAAUAAGCCGCACUCGUGAACAAAUUGUAUUACGUUUACCUCUUUUUAAUGGAAAGCUGUUUGAUGUAGAUAUUCAUGUACAUCUCGUUUUGUGAGACUGUAUAUAUUGUUUUAAUAACUUCUGUCUUUAAGCAAAAUAAUUGGUGAAAUAUCCUAAUUAAAAUGUGGGAAAGAGAGCAACUAUUUUCAGGUUGACUUGUAAAAUUAAUGGGAGAGUAAUACUCGAUUGGCAAUGAAGAUUAGAUUCGAAACAGCAAACGGACUUUUAUUGUGUAAAUAUACGCAAACUGGUGUUUUAGCUAAAGAAUUGGUGAAUUGUGUAUUGAGUUAUUAAUAAAUUAUCGGUACAAAAAUUCCUCGGGUUUCAUUUUUAUUUCGUGUAUAUUUUUGUAUAUUGUUAAUCUGAAUAUGGGCUGUUUUUCUUUAAAAAGCAAUCAUAGACGUUAAAUAAUCUCUAGGCCUGCUUUUAAAAUUUGUCUGCACCAUCAUAUUUUUGUUCGAGCAAUAGAGCGUCGUGUUGCAAUUUUGUCGGCUUUUGUCGAGUUUUAUGACAUGCUAGCGGGCUGUAUGUGCACUGCUGCUGCAGCAGUCUGACAGGGUCACUUGGGCGACUGGCAGUGCGGCGGGCAGGAAGCAAAUGAUUUCUCUUAUAAGCUGGCAAUGGGACUCAGGGUUCCUGCGGAUUCUCCGCUGGGCAGGAAAUUAGCGCGCCAAAAAAACGAUCCAUCCAGUGCCAGGAAAAUAUGGUGAGUCAUAUAUUUAAGUCUUGCGCUAGAAGAGAAAAAAAUACGCAUUACCAUGUACACCAUAGAUGGCAAUAUGACCAUGCAGUUAUUGUUGUGCUUUUUUCUAAUUAACAAGGAUUGAUUGCAAAAGAUUUAAUGUUUUUAUUUUGUGCAAUACUGUUAUGGACUGUCGAGUAAUUUAGGUAGUUUCAUGUUGUUGGGCUACAUUUUCUUCCUCUACAACACGAAACUGUCUUAAUUACCCCAGUUAACUUCGUCGUGAAGCCGGGCGGACAUUGUAACGUACAGUCUACUAUAAAAACAGUUUGAUCUACACUGAAAUGUUUAGUUGGACUUUAUAAUAUCAUUCUUUAUACCGAAUAACUUUAUACCUAACUUUAACAUGUGUCCUGUAGUGAAUGCAUGAACUAAUUUGGUUGCUCUGUCUCUUUGGCAAAUGUGCUGAGAUCUAUCAAUGGAAAUUUCCAUAUGUGGUGAUGAAAAUGUAUUUAACUAAUAAACUUGAAAUAACCAAACUCCUUUAA